GACAAUAUACAUCUUCAUAAAGAACAGUGUUCGUUUCCUGUUACAUAUUUACGUGUAAACCAUAAGGAAUAAUAAUCUGUAUUUUUACUGAGUGAGAAAAUGUAUAUUUUUAAUAAAACGGGUACAUAAAUAUAUGAAUUGGUUAAAAUUUAUUCUUAAAUAAAAUAGGGGAAAUCGUAAAUGAAAAGUCAAAGUGAUGUUAUAAACAUUUAGAAGUGAAAGUAAAUGGAAAUAUACGAUGACGCUUAGAGGUUGGAAACUUAUAUUAAAUAGAGUUUUAUUUAUACCACAGCGAUAUGUUUUGGGUAUUAUGGGAUUAUUUGCUCUCGCAAAUUCCUUUACAAUGCGAGUAUGCCUUAGUAUGACAAUAACACAAAUGGUAUUACAUACACCGCCAUCUGAACAUAUAAUUGGUGAAACGUGCCCUGAUGUAUCAGUAAGCGAUAAUAGUGCAACUAGCAAUACCACAAUGGUUUAUGCGGGUCGAGAACGCUACGAUUGGAGUGAAGCUACGCAAGGAUUUCUACUCAGCGCUUUCUACUAUGGUUACGUACUUACUCAUUUGCCUGGUGGUAUUCUAGCAGAGAAGUUUGGAGGCAAAUGGACUGUUGGAGUAGGUUUGCUGUGUACUUCGUUGGCAACUAUCCUCACACCAUGCGCUGUUGGCAUUGGUGGGGCAACAGGCCUAUUCAUCAUUAGGGUUAUUGAAGGUGCUGGAGAGGGUACAGUCACUCCUGGAUUCGUUUUACUGCUAGCCCGAUGGGUUCCUCCAUCAGAAAGAUCAAGGUUCGGUGCCAUGAUAUUCGGCGGCGCACAAAUAGGAAACAUAUUCGGCCCUUAUAUUUCAGGACAUCUUCUAGCAAAUGGCGGUGAUUGGGCUAAUGUUUUUUAUGUUUUCGGCACAUUAGGAAUCUUAUGGUUUCUGUUUUGGAUUAUUUUAUGCUACAAUACUCCAAAUACUCAUCCUUUCAUAUCUGAUGAUGAAAGGGAGUAUUUGAAUGCAAACGUUACUGCUUCUGGGCUUCAUAAGAAGUUGAAUCCUGUACCUUUCAAGGCUAUUUUAAGGUCUGCACCUUUAUGGGUACUUAUAUUGGCUGCUGUUGGCCACGACUGGGGGUAUUUUACAAUGAUAACAGACUUACCUAAAUACUUUUCAGAUGUGCUCAAAUUUAAUAUAAAAGAGACAGGUCUGAUGUCAGCUCUUCCAUACAUAGCUAUGUAUGUGUGUUCAUUUAUAUUUGCAAGUAUAUGCGAUCUAUGUAUCAGAAAAAAAUGGCACAGUAUUGGUAAUGGUAGAAAGAUUUAUACUACAUUAUCGUCUUCCGUGCCGGCCGUUUUUAUUAUUCUGGCCUCGUACUCAGGUUGUAAUCGAUUGGAGGCAGUCAUUUUGUUCAUCGCUUCCAUGGCUUUUAUGGGAGGAUUCUACAGUAGUGUCAAAAUCAAUGCUAUGGAUAUCGCUCCAAACUAUGCAGGCACGUGUUCCGCCUUUGUGAAUGGCAUAGCAGCUAUCUCUGGGAUAAUAACACCUUAUCUUGUUGGCUUGUUGACGCCCGACCAAACUAUCGAGCAAUGGCGCAUUGCAUUUUGGACGGUAUUCGCUGUAUUAGUUGUGACUAAUAUCGUAUAUCUUAUUUGGGGUUCCGGUGAACAGCAAUGGUGGGAUGAUGUGGAUAAGCACGGAUAUCCGCCAAACUGGAAGCAUGGGCCUUUUACAAAACGAGUUCUAGAUACAGAAAAAAAAGUUGUCUAUCCAAAGCACGAUCACUCGCCUGUUACAAAUGAUUGAGAAUAAAAAAUAUAUACAAAAAAAAAAAAAA